AUGGCUAUCGCUGGCGCCCAACGUAAACAAGUUCUCAAAGUCUUGAUGACCUCGUUGUUGCUAGAUCUUAUCUCCUUUACAUUCAUUCUACCACUUUUCCCAUCGCUAUUAUCCUUCUAUCGCGCCCAAGAUCCAUCUCCAAACUCUCUUCUCAAUCGCAUCUUCCACUACUUAAAUGCCUACAAGAAUUCCUUCGCCCGCCCCAUCGACUCGCGCUAUGAUAUCGUUCUCCUUGGCGGAGCCCUCGGUUCCCUCUUCUCCCUACUUCAGGCCGUUGUCGCCCCAGUAAUUGGUCACCUGUCGGAUAAACAUGGUCGUCGCCGCACAUUGCUUUGGGCAAUGAUUGGCAACCUUCUCAGCGUGACACUCUGGGUCUCCGCGACGGAUUUCCGUACUUUUUUGGCGAGUCGUGUUGUCGGAGGCCUCAGUGAAGCAAAUGUGCAAUUGGCCAAUGCUAUUGUGGCGGAUAUUACUGAUGAAGCGCAUCGUGGCGCGUCCAUGGCUCUGGUUGGCGCUUGUUUUAGCGUGGCUUUUACGUUCGGUCCGUUGCUCGGUGCCGGUCUGAGCUCUAUUGAGAUCGUUGCUGCGAAUCCCUUUAUUAGUGCAGCUUUGAUGUCGCUUUUGUUGAUCGCCUUGGAGACUUUCUACAUCUGGGCUUGUCUGCCUGAGACGCAUCCGCGACUCACCACUCUCGAGCAGGAGAUCAACACUGAGACUGAGACCGAGACCGAGACUGGGAAUGAGGAUUCUAAAGUGAAGAAGGACGCGAAGAAGGACGCGAAGAAGGACUCUUCCGCUCAGAGACCGCAUACCAAUCAACCAGCCAUCCUCAAUGCUAUCCAUUUCCUCUUCCUGUUACCAUUCUCAGGAUUGGAGUUUUCUCUUCCCUUCUUGACUGCUACGCUCUACGCUGAAACCACCACGGCCAGCCCCGCGGCCCUGAAUGGACGUCUCCUUUCCAUGAUGGGUCUUAUUGCUUCCCUUCUCCAGGGUACUCUCGUCCGCCGUCUGCCUCCGCUGGUCACGGUCCGGGCUGGUGUGGUAGCUUGUGCUUUGUCCUUUUUCUGCCUCGCGCAUAUCUCGUCUGUCGCAGGCCUUUAUGCUGCUGGUGCAUUGCUUGCUGUGACGACGGCCACCGUUGUAACAGGCCUUAACAGCUUGGGUAGUUUCGAGGCUAGGGAUGCUAACCGCGGUGCUGUCAUGGGCCGUCUUCGUGGGUGGGGUCAGGCGGGACGGGCUACCGGGCCUAUCCUUUUCUGCUCCUUGUUUUGGUGGGCUGGUCGUGAGGCCGCAUACACCGUUGGUGGUAUUGCCAUGUGCGUUGUGGCUGUUGGAGUCUUUGGUUUCUUGAAGUCGCCCGUUGUUCAUUCGAAGACGGAGUGA